ACCCACCCAAACCCUAGAGCCCUAGAAAAUGGUGAUUUUUCCCUGAGGACCAGUUUUGAACGACUGGAAAUUUCUUAAUUUUCUCGGUGUUAUCCAAAUUCCCGAUUUUCUCGGCGAUUUGUUCAAAGGAAAUUGAAAAUGGCGGCGGCAGAGGACACGACGCAGAUCUAUCACGAAAGGCAAAGAUUACAGUACUGCCUCUUGCAUGCUCUCAAUAACCUGUUUCAGGAGAAGGACAUAUUCACUAGAGCAAAGCUGAAUGCCAUAGCCGAAAAGCUCAGUCUUGAUGACCCAAAUAAGGAAACAUGGACACCAUUAUCUGUGUUAUUCAAGCCUCAUCACAAUAUGAUCACUGGAAACUACGACAUAAACGUUCUAACUGCAGCCUUGGAAGGGAAAGGGAAAAGUGUGAUUUGGCAUGAUCGCCGUAAUGGUGCUUCUUCGAUUGAUCUUGAUGGUGCUGAAGAUACUUUAAUGGGUAUUAUGCUUAACAUCUCAGUUAGACGGUUUGGUGGGAUUUGGAAUGGUAGGCAUUGGUUUACAUUGAGAAAGAUGGGUGGGGUUUGGUAUAAUUUGGAUAGUGAUCUGAAGUCUCCUCAAUCCUUUAAAGAUGUUGAAGAAGUUAAGAAAUUCUUGGAUUGCAUCAUUGAUGGUGGUGGAGAGAUUUUUCUUGUCAUGAAUUGUAAAGAGAGAUACAUGACUUUAAGCGUGGAAGAUCCAGAUACAGUAGAUUUUAUAUGCAUUUGGGUUAUCUCUGAAACAGAUUACUGCAAAGAUGAUUCACUUACAACCCCCCUUUUGCUAAAGGAAAAGAUGUCGGCUAUAAUAGGCAAACGAGUGAGUUACAGCCCAGUUGUUAGUCACCACACCAUCAUCACAUACCAAAGACGACUCUUCGGUGAGAGAGGUGAGAAGCCAAAAGGGUCUGCUUCUAAAAGAGGGUCUGCCUUGGAUUGUAAGAGAGCUGCUGAGGAGGCCAAAGGGGCUUCUGGGAAUAACAGACUCAGGCUGUUCAAAACACCAGUACUCUCACCCAUGGGACUUCUCAAGCGCCUUGGUGAUAAGAUGGCCGCAGCCUUUCGGUUUGUGUUCACGAAGAAGAAGAAGAAGAGGCUUUCAGCCAGGACUGCUUCAUCAGGGAAAUCCAAGAAAUUCAUCGCCCCUGAUGAUUCUCACAGAAGUGAAGCCAUAGCUGAUUGCAUCGAGUUCAUCAACUCCUCCGCUCUCAACAGAUCAAACUCUGUUUCUGCAAAUUCUCACUAGAUUCUCACUGCAAAGUCACCAACCAUAGCAUUUUUUUUUCUCUGUUUCUUUAGAUAAAAGACAAAAUUAAAAACAUGCAUCCAUCAUUGUUUCUUUGCAGUGAGGCUAGGCAUAAUUUUACUUCGGAACACUCAUGUUUCAGUUGGUUGCAUCAUUGAAUAAGCAGAUAUACAACUUGUCUGAUACGAGCUUUUCUUUUUCUCUGUUUUUCUUUACAAUCAUGCCAUGAUCAGUGUUUGACUCUAACCUUCUUGUUAUCUGUACACAUGAACUGAUUCCUACUGCAACAAAUCUGGAAUUCUCAAUGAAGAAGAAUUCAUGGGGAAGAUUACUAUUCCAAACUUCUGCAAAUUAAGCAGCCACAUGGGGUUGUUUCUGAAUGUUGAAAAGGUGCAGACACUGUAAGCAUAGCUUUUUAGGUACCAUGUAGGGCGAAGACAAUAGUGUGAUUGUGCUGUGCCAUAAUUUUGGAAGGCACGGCCCCCAUCUGCCUGGUCCUUUUGUGUUUCCUUGAGGGUCACCCACCUUUUGGAUCUGGGUCUGCAACCAACAAAAGCUCUCAAGUGAUUCAGGGCCUAGCAAAAGAGGAUUGGUUUGAAAAUUUUGAGUCUUCUUCUACAUCAUGCUUCUCCUGUUUCUAAUCGCUCUCUAAGCUUCUCGGGCAUGUGCCCAACCUCUUGCUAGUCUUUGAUCUACUUUCUUGCUAGAUUCUAGUGAUCCUUUAUUCCUUUUGGAUGAGAGGGAGAUUCAUAUUUUAUACUUCUCAAGGUUGAGCUUAUGAGAAAUUAUUGAUCUAUGCCUUUAA